UGCACCCAAUAAUAAUAGUUAAGCAUGAAAUAUUAUUAUAAAGUUUAGCUUAAUAAUCAAUUUUCAGAAAAUUUUGUGCCAUGAAGCACGUUUUAAUUGUGUCUCUAAGUAUCAUAAUAUUUUAUGAAUUAAAAAUAUGGAUUUUUUAAAUGCAUAUGAUGUUGUUGAAGAUGAAUCAAUCUGAUUUAAGUUAAAUAUCAUAUUUAAAUAUCUCAAACAUUUAUGCAGAUCUAAUAUGAUUUCUUUGUAAAUGAAUUUUAUCUUGAAAUACAGAAUCACUUAAUUUUUAACUCCAUUAAAGACCUAAUUUCCAAUGUAGUUAAUACGAAAUUUAUUUAUGUCCUAAAACUCACAAAGUUUUUGAAUAUGUUCAAAAAGAAUAAAACAUAAGACUCUAAUGCUUCUUCAAAUGAAAAUAAAAAUUCAUUCCAGUCCUGCAAUAUGGUUUUUGUCUUCAACAAGAAAAAGGAAACAAAAAUAACACAAAUUGUGAUACACACACAAACCAAACAGAUGGUAUAGAAAUUUGCAAACAGGAGAUUAUUAAUCAAGCCUUUCAAUUGAUCCGUGUGUAAAGAUUACUGAAUGUUUAAUGUGUUGGAAGAAAUGGAUACCGGAAGAAUUCACUCUUUGAAAAUCUUGGAGUAGAAAAAAGUAGAAAAAAGGAAAGCGUAUGCGAUGAUACAAAGAAACCUAUAAACAGAAAAUGAAUCCACAACAUCCAAGCUUGAUGAUGCCUCCAGGAAGUCUUCCAAGACCCCCGGGAAGACCCCAACCAAGGCCAAUGAUGUCCCCUGGAAUGGGACCCGGUAUGAGACCUUUCAUGGGACCUGGAUCGAUGGCAGGACCGCCGUCGAUGGUGCCAGGUGGGGGUGCGAUGAGACCUCACACGAUGCCGCUAAUGCGACCUCAAAUGGGUCCGCCCGGGUUGUGGCCCGGGUUGAUGACCGGGGCGCCACCGGGAUGGCCAGCCAGGCCUCCAGCUUUUGGUGGUCCUCAAAUGCCCCCAAGACCCUCUUUAAACAUGAAUCUACCAAUGGGGAAGAUAGGUCCUCAACAAUUUGGAAGCAUGAUGCCACCCAGAGGAGGAUUGGAGCCAUUGGCUGCAUUUGACACAAUGGACUCACAAAUAAAGUUAAAUUAUACCCAAUUGUUUUCAUUUCAUGUUUCUUUUAACAACUUGAACCCAUCCGGACAACCUCAAAGUGCAAAAUGGUUCAACAUUGGAAAAAAAGCUGGAGAAUGGACCACGUGUAUAUUUGAAGUGGAUUUUUAUAGUCAUGCUUUUCGAUUACAGUAUAGUAACCGCUUAUUAAAUUCAAAGCCAUUUUUCAUGUGGCAAAACCGCAAUAAUGCACAUCAAUCUGAGGACAUGCUCAGAUCACAAUUGUUUGUUUUGUGGUUCAGUACAGAGCAAUGGCAAUUGGUUACACAAAAUCAAGAAGAAAAGCGAUGCCUUGCUCAUGUUUUGGAGUGUGUUGGAGAUAAUAUGAAACCAGAAGAUUGCAUCAAUUCAUCCAAUCCAACAGUUGUUGGAAUGGAUCCAAAUGUGCUUAAAUGUGGAUUAUUAAUAAGAAGAAAAACUAACAAAAUGGUCAAGAAUGAAAAAUGUUUUAUAGUUGUCAUUGUGGGAAAAUUGUAUUUAUUUCAUAGCCAACAAAUACAAGGACAACAUGUGCAUCUAGUCACAAGUCUGCUUCAAGCAAAUAUACGCAUGGUAAAAGGGCUUGAAUUUGAAAUUUUAUUACCGGGCAUGAAAAGCAUCAACUUAAUAGCAUCCCAUGUGCAUGACAUGACGGAAUGGAUUGGGGCAAUUGGGAGAUCUAUUGAAACUGCCAAAGAAAAAAUUCAAGGGAAAUAUUUUUCAAAGUCAAGCAACGAGGAUCAAACUUCACAAACAACCCAUGAAACAAUUGGCCAAAACCAGAAUUUAAAUAAAUUUCAAUACCAACACCAAUAUCAACAAUUUGAUGAUGAUAAUUAUCAUUCACAAGAAGAUGAAAACGAUGAUAGAAAUAAUGAAUAUUAUGAUAGAAGUAAAAAGAAAGUUGGUGUUGGUUUUAAUAAAAGAAAUCCAUUUCAAAAAAUUGAGUUGCCUCAAGAAAGCAUGGUAUGUGACAGAAGUGGUGGAGGAGGUAUUGUUCAAUUAUUCAUUGAAAACGGAGGUUGUGGUAAUAGGAACCCAAGCACAUCACAAAUAACAAAUAGAUUCCAACCUUACACACCCAAAUUGCCAAAACUUACAUACCCCACAACAAAUAAAGUGUGUGAAUCAAAAUCAUCUUCUUCAAGAAGAAAACCCAACUAUUCAUGCCAUGAACUUUAUCUGACACAUGACAAACACAACCACAUGGCUUGUUGUGAGGGUAAAAAAAUGAAAAAUAAAAAACAUCUUGAAAGUGAUAGUGAUUUAUGUAGUCUAAAUGACUUUCACAAGAAUGACCUUCAACCAAUAAAUGCCACAAAAGAUUUAUGUUGUAGUCCUUCUCCUUCUUCAUUAUUAAGAAGAGAAUGUGAAGGAUCACAACACAAUACUACAAAUUGUUAUACAUCUUGUCAUGAGCAUGCACCAUAUUCUAGAAACAAUGGUGAUUAUUCAUGUGGCACACCCGAGGUUGUAUCAACAAUCAACCAUUUCCGAAGUAAGAAUUGCUUAAGGAACUUGCGCUUGGAGCCUCGGAGAUAUCCUCCAUCUUGGAUGCCCAUUAGAAACCAAUUGACUUCGUCCCCACAGAAGAGUGAGCAUGGCACAAGUGCCACAUAUGAAUGCAACAAUUCAAGUGAUUGUGAUGAAAAGUUUAGUGAGUGUGGUUGUUGUGAGAUUUGUGGAGGGGGUAGCUUAAGAAGUUCACCUGAUUGCUCACAAAUAUCUGAGAGUGGAUCCAUAUCAAAUGAAUUAGAUGGAAUGAAUACACACGAAAAUGAGGAUGACACCUACCAUUCUUCAUAUUUACAGCAAGGAUGGCAAGAACACAAAAAUGAACGUGGUGAUAGAUUCUAUUAUCAUCCAGCCACCAAAAGAUUUAACUUUGUUCCUCCUUCAAUAAAAGAAGUUUCAACAAAUUUUAAUCCAUCAAAUGAUGCUACUAUGCAAUAGCAUUUUUAAGAGUGAAUCCAUAACAAAUAUAUUAGGAUCAUGUAAUAUCAAUGAAUUACAAGUUCAUAUAAAAAAAAUGAUAUGAGUUACUGAAGGAUUCUAAAAAAUAGACACUUGUUUAUUUUAGCUUUUUAAGUGUAUAGUUACUUAAUUUUUUGGGUGUUGAUUGAUGUGCAAAUUCAUUUCACAAGAGUGCAACAGUUGAGUGAACUUUAUACAGGCAGUGAAAAAAUUGUGUAUAAGAAGAACUCUAUCUUUAAACAUUAAAUUCAUUGUUAAAUCACAAAAUUAAAUAUGUGAUGUAUGCCAUUAGUAUGUUUUCUACCUUGAAGAAAUCUUUACCAUGACACUCCACUAAUAAAAAAUAACUGUAUACUAUUUCAAGAUAUUAUGAGAUGGCUUUACUAUGCAUACAAAACACAAAAACUAAUUGUAAGAAAAAAAUCACAUGUGAUUUAAGUAUUGUAAUAUUAGGUCAAAUUCUACUCUUGUGUUGUUGACAAAAUUUGUCAAACUUAUGAAAUUCAUUCAUUCCUAAUAUCUAAAAGUACAUUUAAAAGUACUUGUACUUACAAGAUCAAAGAUGACCUCUUCUUCUGUUUGCAGUACAUGAUUACUUAAAUGAUCUAUUUGCAGCAUGGUAUCAAAGCAUAAGAGCUUCUAUGUAGAAAAAAAGACUUGUGCAGCUUUGCUCUAAGAUCCAAGAUUAAUAUAGUGUAGUCUUUUGGGAUCCAAGUUUUAUAUAGUGUAGCCUUAUUCCUAAAAUAAUUAAAUUGGCAAAUAUCAAAUAC